GUUCCCCUGCGGUCUGUCAUCCUGCAGUUCGCUCCACCGUCGAAGCGGAGCGGGUGGAAGAUGUCGGGGUCCAAGGUGAAGCAGGACAUGGCUCCUCCGGGGGGCUACAAGCCCUUCGACUACCGGAGGAACCUCCCGAAACGCGGCUUUUCAGGGUACAGCAUGUUUGGGAUCGGCAUCGGCGUCAUGGUGUUUGGGUACUGGAGGCUCUUCAAGUGGAACCGAGAGAGGAGGCGUCUGCAGAUCGAGGAUCUGGAGGCCAGGAUAGCUCUGAUGCCGCUGCUGCAGGCAGAACAUGACCGGAGGGUCUUACGGAUGCUGAGGGAGAACCUGGAGGAGGAGGCAGUCAUCAUGAAGGAUGUGCCCGGCUGGAAGGUGGGAGAGAGCGUCUUCCACACCGACCGCUGGGUCUCGCCUCUGGACGAGGAGCUCUUCAACCUGCGGCCCCGCGAGCAGCUCCUGCAGAAGCAGUUCGGCUUCCUGGGCUACGUCUGACCGGUCCAGCUCGUGAAUGUUCAUUAAAGUGUUUUUUUUUCUGUACCUCA